GCAUACAUUUUAUAAAUAGGUUAUUCCUGCAUUUGGGCAAGCAAGCGCUCGUCGCGUUGUGAGAACCGGCGCCGCGGUGCGCUCAAAGCAGCUGCGCUAGCCAUCGUGACCUUUCCCUUCGAAAGCGUGGGCAACCAUGCAGCGACUGGGACCAUCAGACAGGGCGACUGGGCGCCAGUGCGCGGCCGGAACGCACCCGCGCCUGCACGCGCAGCCGUUGCCCCCGAUCGUGGCCGCGAGCCCCGCGUCGCGGCGCGCGAGCGAUCCCCGCGGUGCCCCUCCUACACACACACCUUCAGCAUCCCGUCAGCCCGACACGCCGCCCUCCGUCGCCGAUGGCACCUCUGCCUCGCCCGCCCUGACCCUGUACGGCAGCCGCACCGCGCUGGGACGCCGCCUGCUGCAGACACUACUGGCCGCGCCGGACCUGAGCCCGCAAGGCACAGCGGCGCCACCACCGCCGCCACAUCCACAAGCGGCCGCUAGCCUUACCUCUCCUGCAGCCUUACCGGUCCCUCGGGCGCCCGCAACUGCGCAUGAAGCUGCGACAAGCUUGAUCGCGCCGAGCAGGCCAGCCCAGGCGCCGACACCGACACCGACGCCAGCGCCGGCGCCGGCCCUGGAAGAGGCGGCGGCGCUGGUUCUGCAGGUGGCGGGCUUGAUGAAGAGUCACUCGGACGCAGGGGGGCUGCAGCGCGCGUUCGAGAGAGCGGCGCAGCAGGCGGCCGCCGCCAGGCGAGCAGGCGGCAUCGGCAGUAGCAGCAGCGCCGGCGCCGGCACCGGCGGGCUGCCGCCAGGGAUGUUCGGCAGUAGUGUCGGCAGCAGUGCAUCCGCUGCAUUUGGCGCGGCGCGCUUUGACGCUGGCGGGCGCGAGAGCAGCGGCUCUGGGGGAGGGGGAGGCAUUGGCGGCGGCUGGGGAGCUGGGCGCAGCGGCGCCGGUGGUGGCGCCCGUGGGGGUGGUAUCGGCGGCGGUUGGGGCGCGGGCCACAGCGGCGCAACUGGUGAUGGCGGCGGCGGCGGCAUCGGAGGCGGCUGGGGUGCCGGUGCCGGUGCUGGCCGAGCAGGUGGCACGGCCACCGGCAAGCCUGGCAGUAGCAGUGGAGGCGGCAGCAGCAGUAGCGGCGCUGCCCCAGCAUCGGGGGCUGGCCAAACGUCAAGCCCAGCCACCUCCUCAGCCACCGCUCCCUCCUCAGCCUCCGCUCCCUCCUCAGCCUCCGGAACACCCUCUUCGGCAUCUGCGGCGGCGGGCGAGUGGUGCUGGUCGGGUGUGCGGCGUGUGGUGGUGCUGGGCCUGGGCUCUCUGGGCUCCUACCAGGCCGCACUCAGGAGCGGCCGCCAGACAGAGCGCGAGAGCACUCGGGCCGCGGCCAGGCUGUACCAGUUGGCUCUGUCGCUGCUGCUGGCCUCGCCGGCGCUGCUGCCGGGGCUGCGGGGCCCGGAAGCGGAGGCGGCGUCGGCGGCGGCAGCGACCGAGCCGGGGGCCGCGCAGGCGCCUGCGCCCACCGCCGCAGCCUGUGGCGACGCAGGCCGCGCCGCCGCCAGUGGCAUGGGCCCGACGGCGGCUGUGUCGUACUUUGAUCCCGAGUACAUGCAGUGGGAUCUGGAUCUGGUGCAGCGGCUGUGGACGUCGCAGGACGGCGGCAGCAGCAGCAGUAGCAGCAGUAGCGGCAGUGGCAGUAGCGGAGGCGGAGGUGGAGGCGCCGGCUUCCAAGUCGCGCUGCUGCCGCUGUCGCUCCCAGCGGUGGCGGCCGCAACGGCGGCAUCUACGGCAGCAGCCGUUACGGCGGUUUCAGCAGCCGCCGCCGCCGUGCCGCCGGCGGCGCUGGUGGCGCACGUUCCCACGCUAUACUACGCGCCGUGCUGCCCGCGGGAGGUGUACGACACGAUUGUACGGCAGAACUUGGCCGCGGGCACGCUGCGGCACGUGGCCCUGAUAGGCAACUCGCUGCGGGCCCAGUCGGACUCGGCGCUGCUGCUGCGCGCGUUCGGCGGUGUCGCAGGCAGCGAAAGAGGAGGCGGUUUUGGUGGCCUGAAAGUUGGGAGUGUUGGUGGUGGCGUCGGUGGCAGCGGGUCACUGGGUGGGAGCGGUGCCGGCGGCGGCAGGUCGGCCGGCGCUGCUGGUGCCGGCGAGGGCGCGGGCGAGGAGGCGUUUGUGGAGCUGGUGGCGCAGGGGCGGGUGGUGGAGGUGAUGCUGCCGGACUUCGCGGCGCACGGGGUCGCCAUUGCGCUGCACCUGUUCGUGUGAGGGCUGCUUGGGAACAUGCGUUGGCUAGUCUUGACCCGUCGCGGCAGGUGCGAGCGUGCUGCCUCGGUGGAAUUGCGGCAUGGCGGGGCCAGGCGGGGCAUGCGCGGGGUCGGCGUGGCCGACAGGCGACAGGGUAGCACUUCAUGUUUAGUUGUUGUAAAUGCGCAAAACU